AUGUGCGAUAGAAUACCAUCAUGGAACAUCGUCCACAAGCUGGAGAAGCGGAAUCUUCUCGUCGCGAUCAACUCCGUUGCGGCACUAAGUAUUCUCUUCUUCGGAUACGACCAGGGAAUGAUGUCAGGAGUGAAUAACUCCAAGGAUUAUAUCGAUCUCAUGGGUUUUGGCUACAGCGAGAUGAAGGAUGGCAUGCUUACGCCGGUCGUGACGAACAGUCUGCUCCAAGGUGGCAUUGUGGCAGUUUAUUAUCUGGGAACACUAUGCGGAGCCCUCAUGGGUGGCUGGCUGGGAGAUCGGAUUGGCAGAAUCAAGUCCAUAGCCGCGGGCGCUGCCUGGGCUAUCCUGGGUGCUGCUUUACAGUGCUCAGCAAUGAACCACAAUUGGAUGAUCUGCGCACGCUUUAUCAAUGGAAUUGGCACGGGUAUAUUGAACGCCAUCGUCCCUGUCUGGUCAACAGAGACAGCAGACCACACCUCCCGUGGACAGUUUAUCGCCAUUGAAUUUACACUCAACAUUUUUGGUGUUGUCAUAGCAUAUUGGCUGGAGUUUGGUUUAUCCUUCAUAGAUGGCGGCAAAUCCGCGUUUCAGUGGAGGUUUCCCAUCGCAUUUCAAAUCCUCUUCCUACUCGUCCUCUUCACGGUCGUCUGGUUCUUUGGUCGAGAACAAGAAGCGCGAUACAUUCUUGGCCGUCUGCGUGGAAACAGCGAUGAGGAUGCGAUUCGCGCAGAAGCAGAGUUUCGGGAUAUCCAAAGUAUCGCAGAGCUUGAAAAGACGAUUGACCAUAGUCACUCGUAUCUCUCUAUGUUAUUUGGUUACAAGUCUGGGGAUCUGCAUAUCGGCCGUCGUGUGCAGCUCGUGGUCUGGUUGCAGAUCAUGCAAGAAUGGGUUGGAAUUGCCGGUGUCACAGUUUAUGCCCCGACGAUCUUCAGCAUUGCUGGGUUUGAUUCCGUGAAGUCUCAGUGGAUCAGUGGUUUGAACAAUGUUUUCUAUAUGCUUGCAACGCUUGUUUGUGUCGUCACCUUGGACCGAAUCGGUCGUCGAUGGUCAUUAUGGUGGGGGUCCGCUGGUCAGGGUAUUGCCAUGUUCCUUGCCGGUGGAUUUUCACGUCUAGCUAUCGACGCUCGAGCAUCCGGGGAUGAUGGUAAAGCUAGUCAGUACGGAGCAGCAGCCGCAUCGAUGGUCUUCAUUUUUACAUCUGUCUUUGGUGCAACUUGGCUGACUACACCUUGGUUGUACCAAGCCGAGACAUUCCCACUCGCUGUCAGAGCCCGCGGAAAUGCUUUUGGUGUUGUUGGAUGGAGUAUUGGAAACGGAUGGCUGACUCUUCUUUGCCCCGUGAUGUUCGGAGCCAUUGGAGAAAAGACCCUGUACGUCUUCGCCGCCAGCAAUGUAAUCACCAUCCCGAUGGUCUGGGCCUUGUAUCCAGAGACCAACCAGCGAACUUUGGAAGAUAUGGACUUGCUGUUUGCUGCCCCUACUCCGUGGAACUGGGAUGCGGAGCGGACUUUUGCCCGUCUCAAAGCGGAGAACCCCGGUUACAUCCAAGCGGCCAGUCGAAAGAAUAGCAUUCUGGACGCAGAAACUGGCAGAGCAGCCAGUCCUAAGAAUGACGAGCACGAUGCGACCGCUGAGCAUGUAGACCGAUCUUGAUGGCUGCAUUUGAUCCGGAAUACGAUGUUAUGAAGUGCUAUUUUUGCCGCCAGCCAUACCCUAGAGCUUUGUGGAUUUGAUUUUUAGUAUUUUGAAUUAUAUAC